UGUGUUUGAGUCACUGGGAGCGACUCCACACGUCAAAAAAGACACCUGCUCGGGUAAUAAAAAAAAAAAAAAGUUUAUAGAUAAAGUGUUUAAUGAGGCGGUGUGAGGGAUGUUUUAUAUUUUACAUUCCAGGCUGUGACAGACUGAGACAGCGAGUUUUAAAGUUUGUAGCAUGUCCGCGCGCUGUGAGUGACAGGUGAGGAGAACAGUCCGCGCUGUGCCGUUUUGUGAUUUCUUUUUAUUGUACAUGCUCUUACUGACCUGGACGCACGAGCGGAGCCUUAUGACAUUACGCACAGACCGGGAGCGGGGCUGCAAAUGGGCGGCAUAGGUGGCAACCUCUACCUCAGCAUGUUGAAUGGGACUGAAACGCAAACUUUCGGAAAGAACCCCGACAUCAGCAGUCACCUCCACCGCGGCGGCAAGGAUCUAGCCGAGUUUAAAAUGGGGAUUCAGGACGCGAGGUUUUACUACCCGGACUCUGUUCCGAGCGGGCAGGACACUCUGGCUCUGCCGUACCACUCGGAUCAGGCGGUGGGAGGGUACGGAGCGCAGCCCGGCAGGUUUUACGCACAGACCCUGAGCAGUUGCCCGUACGGCGGCGUGCGGUCGCCGCCAAGAAGCGGAGCCGGGCAGGGUUAUAUCCCAGCGGCUGGAGACGGGUUUCCCACAGGGGGUAAAGACUUGUACUCUCCUUCUCCGGAGGCUUACCCAGCGAGCUUUCAGCACGGCUACCAGCGGCCGCCUCUCUACCCUUUACCUGGGCUACAGGUGUGCGGGAAGACUCAGGCUCUGCUCAAUAACUACCCGCUGUGGGCCAAGUUCCACAAGUUCCAAACCGAGAUGAUAAUCACCAAGCAAGGGAGGAGGAUGUUCCCCUUCCUGAGCUUCAACAUCAGUGUUCUGGAUCCGUCUGCUCACUAUAACGUCUACGUGGACGUGGUCCUGGCUGAUCAGCACCACUGGAGGUAUCAGGGCGGCAAGUGGGUCCAGUGUGGGAAAGCAGAGGGCAACAUGCCAGGGAACAGGAUGUACAUGCACCCCGACUCUCCCAACACAGGAGCUCACUGGAUGAGACAGGAAGUGUCUUUCAGCAAACUCAAGCUCACCAACAACAAGGGCAGCACCAAUAAUGUGGCACAGAUGAUCGUGCUCCAGUCGCUCCAUAAGUACCAGCCUCGUCUUCACAUCGUGGAGGUGAAGGAGGACGGCACUGAGGAUGCCUUCCUGUCAUCCAAAGCUCAGACCUUCAUCUUCCCGGAGACUCAGUUCAUUGCUGUCACUGCUUAUCAGAACGCAGAUAUCACUCAGCUGAAAAUAGACCAUAACCCCUUCGCUAAAGGUUUCCGUGACAAUUACGACACGCUGUACGCUCCUCCCGACUCUGAUCGCCUCACCCCCUCCCCUACUGAGAGCCAGCAGCUGCUGCCAGGGAGCUGCUACCCCCAAGGCUACCUCUCUGAGCAGUACAUGAGCCCCCUGCAGCAGAGCCGCUUCUACAGCCGCGAGCCUAUCAGCAUGGGCCAGCAGCACAAAGACCCGUCCUCGAGUCCUGGUCCUCACAGUCGCUGGUACCUGCCGCCUCAGCAGGGUGUGGCCCCAAAUCGCCUUGACUUCACUUCCUCCUAUGAGGGGGACUUCUCCGGAAACGGUUUCUACAAGCCUUUCCCCUUGCAGACAUCCGCUCACCAUCCCCUCAGCUACUACCCCGAACAUCCUUUUGCAUCUACCAGUGUGUCUGUGUCAGGAGCCACCUCAGCGGGCUGGACCACCAGCCGGCCCACCCCUCAGUACCUCAGCCACCCGAGCAAGCCUGGCCCCAGUCUGGGCUGGUUCAGACCCAUAUCGUCCUCCUCAUCCUCCUCAUCAUCUUCCACAUCACCUGGCAACCCCCGGCUGCACCCGCCCUCGCUCCUAGAGCCUCUGCAGCCGCCUCUGCUGCAGGACAAGUCCAAAGACACUGUGGAGGUGGCUGGGGAAGACCCCUGGCUCGAACCUCCCUCUGUGAAAUCAGCGGCCUCGGCCGACUCAGGCCUGUUUGAGGGCGGCGUGGGGGACAACAAGAAGAGGAGGGUGUCGCCAUACACGUCCAGCACUGAAAACUCCCCACCUCCGCGCAGUGGAGAGGUCUGCGAGAAGGACAGCAACAGCGAUGCAGACUACUAUGGCUAUUACACCCACUGAAGACCUCACACAUCACCACAGCUUCCCCCAGCGUCCUCCCACACCGCUCUCAUGGACAUGCUUUUGUCUGUCCAGUCAGGUCAUGAUAAAGGGCUGGAACAGUCUCCAUUUUUGCUGCAGACAAACACCAGAACAUGCAGCUUCAUCCACUGUCACAUCGCAGUGUGGCCAGCCUCUCUAUAAAGUCCCCCUUCAAAGUGUUGAAUGAUUACAGGAGCAACUUUCAAGGUUACUGUCAAAGUUUGUGUUGAACACGAGUGGAUGUGACUGGGAAACUGCCCCGCAGUCACAUAAACACCACACAGACAAACAGACCUGUGACUUUAGCCUUCCAAACAUCUGGAGAUUUGAGAAAAAAAUGAUCUGCAUAUCUGCUUGCUGACAGACGCCUGCAGGGAUUGUCUGUUCUUUCUGCAUCAAACACUCUGUCUGUCUGUUUUGCUCUGUCUUGUCUCUGUCUGUCUCUUCCUUCUCAUCCUCAACCUUUCACACAUACUCUCACAAUAUGCUCACGGUCAUUUCCCCUGAUGAUUCUGAGCUGAAAUUACAUUUCACACACAGUCUUCUCUCCAAAUCCAGCUCAAUAUGUUUAGUGUAGCGCCGUCCAGUGGCGACAGAGGAGCAUUGCAGGGGCUCACGGUACAGAGGCCAGAGUGUCUGAGGGAGCUGAUGUCAGGAGGUUAAGAGGGUUUAACAAGCACAUGUCCUGAAGCACGGCCGCUAAUCUAAUUCAGCCCAGCUAGGACAGCCUCUCCUGUGUGUUGAUGUUAAGUAAAUCAACAACCGGUGCAGAAAUAGCCAGUCCUUACAACUGGAGACAAUCAAACACAAUCUCACAGGUGUUAAAGAAGAGCUUUUCUCUCUGAAGUUCCUAUGAAUUUCAAUCUGGAAUAACAAUUUACAAUUCAUAGUAACCUGCUGCCCUUCUGGGUAUUUAUAGGGUGAAGCAAAAUCUUUAGUCUGUUUGCACUGUAAUAUGAUUAGAUCCUGCCACGACAUGUCAAAACACAAAGAUAGAUAACAUCAAAAUGCUGAUAAGCAGGAUAAAAUCUCACCUCAAACUUAACUAAAAAAAAAUUUGAGAGAGAAAAAAAUCAUAUAGCUUCAUGUGAUUGGCAAGAUUAGUCGAUGAAUUAAUGACACACUUGACAAAGAGGUUAAUCUACAAAUAUCUUGAUAAUCUGUUAAUUAUUUUAAGCAAAAAUGCCCCAAAUUUCCUGGUUACAGCCUCUAAAAUGUGCAAAUUUGCAAAUUUUUUAAGUCAUACGUGUAAUUUAAGUGAAGAUCUUCGGGUUUUUCUUGUUCGGAAAAAAGAAAAGACAUUUGAAGUUAUCACUUGGGUGAAUUAUAACAAGAAUGUUCACUAUUUCUAACAUUUUAUACACAGAAUGAUUAAUCGUCAAUCAAGAAAAUAGUCCGUAGAUUCAUUGAAAGUUGGAUAAUAAUUUGUUGCAGCCCUAAAUGCCACAGAGAUGAUGUCGUUGUAAUCAGGUGACCUCAGUGUGGAACUUCAGUCACAUGAUUACUUGGUCAAACACCCUCCCCCUCCUGUUUCACCCAUGACACCUUAUUUCAGAAAAUAUAUGUACUCAGCAGUGAGAGACAAAUACUUUUUUGAUCCUGUUUAAAAUGUGCCAUGAAUCCCACAUAUGAUGUUUGUCAGUUUAAUAGAUCCAAUUUCAAGUCAAGAUAUUCGCAGUUUGUCGUAAUAAUGUUUAGUUUUGUGUGGAAAUGCUCAGUGAACUACAUCUCUCAACCUACACCAGCUAGCCAACUAGCUAGCUAACUUGGCUAUUACCGUUGCAGAAAUGUCACGAUAUCCUACCUGAUGUGUUUUAUCCAGCGACUCCUGGUCUUAUCAGCCAGGAAGUCAAAUAACGAGCAAGACCUGUUGCUUGUGUGAGUUCAUCCCGGUACAAAGCACACAGGCGUCAUAGAUUCAGGCAGAGAGCAAGCUGUGACAUCACCUAUGCUACUUGUGUCGUCACUUCAACUAGGUAUUUUCACAGUCUAAUACUCCAACCGUUUUUUAACAAAUUGUAACUAUCUUUACUUGCAAAAUUGUCUUUUAAAUUGACAAACAUCAUAUGUGUAACUCAUGGCAUUUUUUCCAAAAAAGUGUCCAACAGCGGGGGAGAGAGUUGGGAUUCUUUGUUUAAAGACGAUUUCUGGCAUUAGACGCGAACAUCCUCGCCAGUCUUUCUCCGACUGUACGCUGACCCCUGGUUGACGAACUUUGACCUCUCCCCAGCCCAUGCUGUGACUGGUUUUGGUUGCUCGUUCAGUCUCUUCUCCAGGGUCGUUGCCAUUGCACAGAUGCCAUCAUAUACUACCUUCGUUUUCCUGUCUUUAAGAGCUGAAAGCGUUGCUACCUCCUUGGCUCCCAGGAUGCAACGUCGAAAGGCAUAGGGGGGAGGGAGAGGGUUUCCGAAGGUAUUCAAAAACCUGGCAAGCAGUUCUGAUGAAGCACACUGGCAGCUUUACAGCACGAACGUAGCACUUACUUUACAAACCCUUCGAUGUGAUGAGAUUGCAUCUUUGGAUCAAACUGUUUCAAACUGCCCCUCAAUGGGACAUCAACCAUCGGAAAAACUAUAGAUAUUCAUGAUUGAACUUUUCUAAUUCUGGGUCAGAAUCAGGUCUGUAAACUGCUAGAAAUGGUACUAGAAUAUGAUAUGUAAAGGGAGGGGGCAGGAGCCUGCAAAACUAUCAGUCACACAGUGAAGAAUAAUGGUCUUGGAGUGGAGGUGGAGAGCAAAAGGUGUGAGCAUCUGGUGGAAAAACUCUGCCAAUGUGUUUCAAGGACAUCAAGUAGUCGCACCAAUUUGUCACAAAAAAAACAGAAAAUGCUCAACCUCUCCUCGCAUUUGCUUUAAAGUCAUUUAAAGACCUGGAUAAUUAAUAUAAAACAUUUGUACAUCUUAGCACCAGGCAUGAACAAGGCCAUCUGGACACUGCUUGGUUUCAUAGAGUGAAAAAAGGCCCCAUCACAACAAACACCCAGCCCCCAGCUGCAGUCAGUGGAUGUGAAAACGCUCCUGUCACCACACACACACAUAAACCCCACGAUCAAUACCGUCGUCAAUAACGACGUAACUGGAAAACAGUAUUGGCAGAGAGAAGUGUGACAGCUUAAAACACACAAACACAACCUGCACUGUACAUGAACGCACAGUGUUCACAUUACACAGCAGGGGCAAAAAAGUGGGUCACUCACAAUGGCUACAUGCACCUGUAGGUAAACGGACGAGGCACUGUCACCCUCACAGCCACGAUAAACAGGAAGCACAAAGUGACCAGACAGACACCCUGAAUUUCCCCCCUCUAGUCUUCGGGCCUAUCACGUCGUGACACCGGCUGACAAGAGUCCCGGCUCCCUGUCCUGGUGACAGAAAUGAAGAGUGAGGCUGCAGUCGGCGCUGAUCAGAGAUCUGCUCCUCAUUCCUCACCAGGUGUGCUAAUGGCCUCAGACAACACUGGAGGCGACAGGCAGGCACUCGCUCGGUGCAGUGCAGGGUUACUUUAGUCUUUUCAGAGGGAGAGAUGAAAUUAAAACUAAAUCUGCACUCCUGAAAUGCCUAAAAUGAGUUUACAAAAACUGCACCAGCAGCCUGCACUGUGUAUACUACUGUAUAUCUGAUUAUAAGCUUUAUCUGCUGUAGUGAGAACAACCACACAACAAAAGAUAAUACUACUUAAAGACAGUUUCACAUGUUUGAUUGAUCCCACUCUUGUUUCUAUAACCAAAAACUGAGCUAGAGCCAGGAUGCUGUUAGCUUAUCUUAGCAUAAAGACUUAAAGUAGGGGAAUUUGCUGGCCUAGCUUGUCGAGAAACACACAUAACCCUUACUGAAAAGCACAAAUUUUCAUUUUCACACUUUAGUUUUUGUACAGACGAAACAAAGAAGAUAUAAAGUGUUAAUUUGUGAUCUCUUGACAGAGUCAGGCCAUCUGUUUCCCCCUGUUUCCAGUCCUUGCGUUAAGCUAACGAACCAUCUCCUAGCUUUAGCUCGAAGUUAAACUCCCGGUAAAAAAGUGAAUCAUAUUUCCCAAAAUGCUGGACAAUUCCUUCACAGUUAAAGACAAAGAGGAUAUGAUGAAAGCACAUAUCAACUUGCCAAAAGUACCAGUGAGAAAUUGAGGUCAUGUCAUAUGGACUGCUUCUGAGAAUUUGGGGGUUUUAGGGACCAGGGGGAAGUUAUAUGUGGGUGGUUCAAGUAUUUUUAGACUCUAUAUAUUUAAGUUUUAGGCCAGCAAAAAUAAAACUAAUGAAGGAGUUCCCCUCCUGGCAGCGUGGGGACGACUUUGAACACACAUUUAGACCUUCAUGUUGGGAAAUUAAAUCUACAGAAACAGAUAAAGGUUCAGUGUGUAAGAUUUUCCGGGAUUUAGUGGCUUCUACUGAUGAAACUUCUCCCAGUUUGGAUUCCUUCAGUGUUCAUUGUUCAGGAGGUUUUAAUUAGGAACUGAAUUAUCCACAGAGGUCUCUUUGUUUCCGAAACAAGCAGACAUACUGAAACUGGUAGUAACACCGAGUAAAGCAGUUUUACAUAAUAAAUCAAUGUUUCUAGGACACUGCACAGCAUGAUGUAGACAGGCCGCUAGCCCAAAUGUGUGCUUUCUUUUUUCUGAUCCAGACAUUCAGGAUUUUUUUACCAGGAGCCAAAUUAUCUCUCGGUCUCGUCCUCUCCGAAACAAACAGACCCGGUUAUUUAAAGUGGUAAAAACAUUGAAUAAAGCAGUUUCAAGACAGCUGCUAACUAUGGUGGCCAACAUGAUUCUUAUUUUCAGGUGAUUAUAUACUGAAAAUUAUAUUUAAUUUCUGCCAAUAUUCCCAUUAAAUCUUACACACUUGAUCUUUAACUGAAUUGAUAAAAUGUGACAAUCUAAAUAAUAAGCCAAUUUAUUUUUCAGCCUUUGUUUUUGGUGUGAGGUCAUAUUUCUGAAGGGGGUAGGGUUGUGCUGGGUGAUUGGACUCAAGACUUAGUAUUUGUAUGUAUUUUUAAAAUCCUGGCUGCGGCCCUGUUUGCCUUGAAAAGGUUUCACAUGUGACACAAAUUAAAGCUCCUGCCUGAACUGGUGUUACACAAGCAUUGUCUAAACACUGGGACUGCGGCACUCAGCUUAAUGGUCUUAAAGAUGUUGAUGCAAAAAGGACAAACUGUCUGAUAGCUCAGUCCUUUAUCUGAACAUUUAAAUAAAGUGAAAUGGUAAUGAAGUGUUAGUUUUAUGCUGGAAACAGAACGGAUACAUUGUAUGUAACAUUUCCCAAAAAAAGAUGUGCUAUUUAAUGUUUAUGUUGACAUCUGUCAGAGGAAGAAGUGAUGAUGUACCUUGAUGAAGGUGUACGAUGGACAAUUGUUGUUUUAAGUGCAAUUAAUAGAGUAGUUGAGAAUUAAUGACGGCACUGCAAAAACAAUGAGAGCAAAGUUUUAUGUGAUCACUGGUGGAUGAUGUCAGUUAUUUAUUUUUAUGUGCUGUGGUUUGGUCCAGUGGUUCACUCCUGCACCUACAUCACAUCAAACAGCAGAAAAAAAACUGCCUCAGGAACGCCCCCUGCUGGAUAACUCAGCUAUUACAACCAACUUCAGCCAAUCCCUGAUGUUUAACCUCUAAUACCUCCAUUUCCCAUGAGUCUGUGUUUCCCUUGAACUCACACUUCCCUCGGUACGAGCGUAAAACUGUGUGGGAACUGCAUUUCCAGAGAUUUUACUGUAUAAUAUAGAAAUAGAGGCGUGAAGAAGGGAGACCAGACAAGGUCAAGCAUGUUAUUUUUUUGUGUGUGAUUCAUGUGCACUGUAAACGUCGAGGGGGGAAAUAAUCCUCCUUUGACUCUUUAAUUAAGAGCUUAUAAAUUGCAAAAAUAAGAGAUGGAGAUUUCUGAAUGGGGAAAAUUGUUAUUUAUUAAAAAGGUGGCAUAAUUGUGUAUUGUAUUGUUGUUUUUUUAUUCAUGAAAUUAAAGCUUACA